UUGAUUGCACAUCUAAUUUCGUAGAAUAUUUAAAAUUAAUUUUAUUUUAACUCUUAAUUAAUUUAACUGAAAAUUGUAAUAUAAAAAUGAAUUCUUGCACUGACAAUGAGGCUAUCAGCAAGGAUGAUAAAAAAGAAAAAUUCUAUGUUAUAAAAAAUAUGAAAAAGUUGAAAGAAAUGGAUUACAAAGAAAUUAUCGAUUAUGUGAAAAAUUUGCACAAAUUUGUAGAAAAAAGAGAAAAAAAGUUAAAAAAGUAUAAAGAAAAAGUUAAAAUAUGGCAAAAAAAAUACAGAAAAAUUAAAAAAGGCUUUACAGGAGCAAAUUUCAAUGAAUCCGAUUCGUCAUUUGUGUCAAGCAAAAAUUCAGAGAAAGAAUUAACUAAAAAAGAAAAUGAAAAAUUGAAUGAUAAUGUAAACUUUAUUGAUGAAAUCCGACAAGUAGCAGAAACAACACAAAAUGAAAAUGGUUUUGUUUAUGAACCCACUUCUGGUUUAUACUAUGAUCAAAAGACUGGUUAUUACUACAAUGCAGAAUAUGGUUUAUAUUAUGAUGGAAAUACUGGUUGUUAUUAUAAAUUUAAUCAAGAUAAAAAUGAAUUUGAAUUUCAUUCUCAAAUUCAUCCUCAAAGCAGCAAAAUAGAUCAGGCUCAACAACAAAAUGAUGAUUACAAUAGAAACUAUCACGGUGAUGAAAGGAUAGUAAACGAUGGAGAACAAGAUUUUUUACUAAGUAAAUCCAAUAGGCGAGGUUUGAAACGGAAGCCAAACAAAAGACGAAAAAUUUACAGAAGUGAAGAUGACUCUGACGACUUUAUUGUGCCAGAAAAUAGGGAAGAUGGGGAGAUUUCUUCCUCUGAUAGUGAAAAAGAUAAUGUUCAAAAUUAUGACAUAGCACACAUUCAAGAUAUCGCGAAAAAAUAUCCGCCUUCUUUACGUAUUAUUGUUCAAGAGACUAAUUUAGACAAAAUAAAAGUUGGAACAUUAUAUAUAGUAACAUUUAAAGGCGGAACCUUGGGGAGAGAAGGGAAUCACGAUGUUGUGUUGCCAGACAUAAAUAUUUCUAAGUUUCAUUUGAAAUUUUCUUAUGAUGAAAAGAAAGAGAUUUAUCAAUGUGUAGAUUUGGGCUCGAGAAAUGGAACCCUUUUAAACGGAAGGCGUAUUUCAUCAGCUAAGCAAGAAAGCGAAUUGACUGAUAUUACUCACGGCAGUAUUUUACAGAUAUCUCAAACAAAACUUAUGUGUCAUAUUCAUUCUGGUAAUACAACAUGUGGCCUUUGUGAGCCUGGCCUUCUAAUAGAAACAAGGGAUGUUGAAAAAAUGGAAUUGUUAAGCCACAAACAACAAUUAAAAAAAUUGCAAAAGCGUUAUGGGUUAGAAAACGAAAAAUAUACGGAAAAAAAAUCAAAUCUAUCUGAAAAAUAUAAAGAUCGAGCUUCAGAUCGAAGGGCAAAAGUGGGAAGUUCAAGCCAACAUGAAAAAACUGAAAUAGCCUCAACAGAAACACAAAUUGCUAAUACAAACAAAGGCUUUAAAUUACUUUCUAAACUUGGAUGGAAGGAGGGUGAAAGUCUGGGAAAAGAUAAAGAUGGAUUAGUGGAGCCUAUUAAAGUAGUUGCGAAUGAAGGUACUAUUGGUUUAGGUUGUAAAGAAGUUAAUUAUCCUGUUUUGUCACAAACCAAAAUAAAAAAAGUUAAUCAGUGGAAAAAAGUUCAAGAAAGAUAUAACAACAUUUCUAAAGCAGAUAUUUUUUGUGAUAGUAAGAGUAGCAGUGAUAGUGCAUAAAUACCAAUUUUGUUUUAAAAAUUUGUAUUUUUAAUUGUGAAAAAAUAUUGCAAUAUUUUAUAUUGUCAUUAUAAAAAUGUUUGUGUAAACGCCAUAUUACCAUGUGAAAUAAAUUGUAAUUUAUAUUGUAAUAAUUAAUAUAAUGUAGAUACAAUAGUUAAAUACAA